UGUGAGCUCUACCAUUGGGCAGACAUUCUGGAUGCCUUUGAUGCCAUCCUGGAGAUGUCCUGCUUCAAGGACAAUGACAGAAAGUGGACUCUUUUCUGUGACCUAGCAGGCAGUGAGCAGUUGAAGAAGCUGCUUCUUGAAGUUCUUCGCUUUACAGCACUUCUCAUUGAGCACAGCUUUUCACGGCACUUGUACAGUUCAAUGGACCACCUGACCACACUACUGACAUCUUGUGACAUGAGCGUAGUUCUCUAUGUACUUAACCUGCUCUAUGUUUUCAGUAAGCGCUCUAACUUCAUUUCUCGUAUGAACCAAGAAAAGAAGCAGGGACUAAUACAGAGGCUGAUUCAUCUUGCAGAGAGCUGGGGAGGGAAAGAAAAUGGAUUUGGAUUAGCUGAGUGCUGCCAGGAUCUGCCAAUCAGUUACUUCCCACCAAGCUCAACAACUCUGCACUUUGAAUUCUACACAGAAAACAAGGAGAGCAAAAACAAGAAAUUGUCUGGCCCGACAACAGUGAUCCAGAGUAUUCACAUGGAAAAUGUGGACAAGACAGGACGUAUGCCUUCACAGAUUAUGGAGGACAUUUUGGAACUGUAUGAUGUCCCUGAGGAAAAACAGGUGUUGUUGUUCACCCACAUCCGUCUUGCCUGUUUGUUCUCCAACUAUGAAGCCCGUGUACACUGUGUUCAAGCCAGGCUUCAAGCUAUCUCCAUCUUAGUGUAUUCAAGUGCAAUACAGGACAACAUGAAUGUGAUUCUGUAUCCAGGACUCAUUGAAGAACUGGUUGAUAUUGUGGAGAUCAAGGACUCUGAUAUUGUUGACAUCAAAUCUGCUGCCCUGCGAACCCUGACUUCUGUGAUACACAUUGAGAGAAAUCCCAGACUCAACAGUAUUAUUGAUGCCACUGGGGCUUCUUCCUAUCAUGGCUUUCUACCAGUUUUAGUGCGGACAUGCAUUCAGCACAUGAUUGAUCCAGAUCUGAAACCAUUCCCACAGACAUAUGCCACAUCACUCUUUUCAUUUCUAUAUCAUCUUGCUAGUUAUGAAAAUGGUGUGGAGGCACUGGUCUCAUGUGGAAUGAUGGAGUCAUUACUGAAGAUCAUCAAUUGGUAUGGGGAUGGACAGGAACACAUAACUUUUGUAACUCGAGCUGUGCGAGUGAUAGAUUUGAUUACAAACAUGGACAUGGCAGCUUUUCAAGCAAACGGAGGACUUCAGGCUUUCAUCAACAGACUAGAGCAUGAGGUGAACAUUUGCCGUGUGGAGCAACCAUUUGUGAUUCGACCACCAAGACAGGAGAGCACCAUGGAUGCUCUGCCAGAUUCCCCACAGUUAGCACCAAUGGAUACCUCACAGACAGAAGACCUAGGUGAUGGGGAGCCUAGUAUGAUUGACUCUGAAAGAGGAAUUGCAUCUACUAUGAACAACAACAGCAUCACAAGUUCUGCUGCAGUUGAUGUACCUGCCUCCACCACUGUGACAGCACCAUCCCAAGGAGCUGCUGGGAGCAGCAAAACUGAAGAUGAUGAUGGUACAUCAAACAGUGGGAAAGGUAAACAUUGUUUUGCCCAGCGAGCUGCAUUACUGAAGUCUAUGCUCAACUUUAUGAAGAAAGCCAUUCCAGACAUAUCAUUUGCUGACAGCAUCCGACACUUAAUGGAUGGCUCCCUGCCUAAAUCAUUGAAGCACAUAAUAAGUAAUGCUGAAUACUACGGACCUUCAUUGUUCCUGCUUGCUACUGAUGUAGUGACAGUUUAUGUCUUUCAAGAACCAUCACUGUUGUCUUCUUUACAAGACAAGGGACUCACAGAUGUGGUUUUGUAUGCUUUGCUGAUAAAGGACGUACCUGCAACAAGAGAGGUUCUGGCCUCAUUACCUAAUGUCUUCAGUGCACUGUGUCUCAAUGCCCGUGGUCUGGAAGCCUUCGUGGCAUGCAAGCCAUUUGAUAGACUCUUUAAGGUCUUGCUUUCACCUGACUACCUGCCAGCAAUGAGAAGACGACGAAGCUCGGACCCCUUUGGGGAUACAGCCAGCAAUUUGGGAAAUGCUAUGGAUGAACUAAUGAGACACCAGCCAUCUUUGAGGACUGAUGCCACAAAGGCAAUUAUUAAGUUGCUGGAAGAGAUCUGCUCCAUGGGCCACGAUCCACACUUCAUUUGUCAGAAACAGCAGCCAAAAUCAGAUCAAGCUGCAGCCCAGACCUCCAGUGUGAGGUCCCCACAAUCCAACGAAGCCAGCUCAUCAGAUGAGGAGGAAGAUGAAGAGGUUGAGAUGCCACACAUGCCUGCAUCUAUCACAGGUGCAGCUCACAUCACUGCUCCAGAGGCCAAGCCUCAGGUCCCCACAACAUCACAGCAGGACACUGCUGAAAUACCAGAAAGACAAGCUAUACCUCUCAUGGACUAUGUUUUAAAUGUGAUGAAAUUUGUAGAAGCCAUUCUAAGCAACAAUUCUACAGAUGACCAUUGCAGGGAAUUUGUGGCUCAGAAAGGCCUAAUUCCAUUAAUGAGCAUCCUGGGCUUGCCAAAUUUGCCUAUAGACUUCCCAACAUCCCCAGCCUGCCAGGCAGUGUCUAACGUGUGCAAAUCGGUGUUGACACUGUCCCGAGAGUCAGAAGUGAUGAAACAGGGAUUGCUGCAAAUGCAUGAAGUCCUUCAACGACUAGAACCAUUACAUAAGCCAUUGGACCCUCCGGGAGGGUCUGUUCUCCUGCAUGAGCUGGCCAGCUGUGCUCAUAUUCCAGAUGCUACACUGUCAUCAACUGCCACACCCUUACUUCAUGCUCUGGCUGCUGUCCAUGCCUACAUCAUGAUGUUUGUCUAUGUGUGCCGCAUGGGCCAGACUGAUAUCAGAACCUUGUCAGUGAACAACUGGGGCUCUGAUCUGGGCUUGGAGGUACUGAAAGGCUUGAGUCGCUUGUACAACUCUCUGGUGUGGGAAAGCACAGUGUUGCUGGCAUUGUGUAAUGAAGAUUACCUGCCCACCGACUGUCCAUUUGGGCGUGCCGAUUUAGAGAAACUGCAGAACAAGGAUGCUCGAGAAAAGGGAGACACUAUGGAAGGGGAGGCAGGAAAGGGAGCUGAUGAAAAAUCAACUGCCAGUGGAAAGACCUUGGAUGUCAGGAGGUUGGCAGGUGCUUUUGGAGAGAAUGGAAGUAACAAUGUCAGUGUUGCUAUGGAAACUUUGACAACUGGCCUUGAAGGUAUGGACACCUCAGAACCAAUGCCACACUCAAAUCAGCCCAUUGGUGCUGGUCUGGGAGCUCAGGUUGAGAACUUGCAAGAAAUAGGACAGGCCUUGAAUACCCAGCUAGCAGCAGCUGUAACUACAUCAGCAUCUUCAACUUCCAUUGAGUCAGAUGUUCUUCCUCUGAGGAUUGGAGCAGGUCUGUCUGAUGAGAAGGAUGCCAAAAAGAAAGUGUCUCCAGCUAUGCAGGCUCAGUUAAGACAGCUGAAACCCCUCUUGUCUCUGUCUUCCCGCUUGGGAAGAGCUCUGUCUGAACUGUUUGCAUUGCUGGUGAAGCUGUGUGUAGGAUCACCAGUUCGACAGCGCAGAUCCCAGCAGCCUCCACCAACGCCUCCUGUACCCUCACCACAGGCUAGAGCUGUUGCCUUAGCUCUGACAAAGUUGCUUGCUGGUGGACUGUCUUUCCAGCCCCCUGCUUGUGCACCACAACCAAAACUAAGACUGACAUUUUUGGUGUGUGCAGCUGGCUUCACAGCUCCCAUGUUGUUUGAUGAGAAGAAGCAGCCAUAUCAUCUGCUGCUGCAGAAGUUUGUAGCUUGUGGUGGACAAGCUGCACUCUUUGAUUCUUUCUCAUGGGCUCUGUCAAUGGAUGGAAAAGUGGCACUCUCAGAAGGCCUUGAGCACCCCGACCUUCCAGAGGGAACAGGGGAGUUCCUAGACUCAUGGUUGACGUUAGUUGAGAAAAUGGUCAAUCCAAAAACAGUUUUGGAGUCACCACAUACUCUACCUCCCAAGAGCAGGGCAGCUGGCCUGACUCCAUUUAAUCCCGUACAGUACCUCAUUACAACACAAAAGGCAGCAUUCAGUGCUGUGAUGAACCUAUGGAAUAAGAAGCCAUUGCCUGUCCAUGGCAGCCGGAUGUCUGAGUCAAUGCUGACAAUUCUGAGUCAUAUUAUUGGUGGAGAGGAAAUCAUUAAGAAACAAUUAGAAAAGGAUAAACUGACUGCAUCCGGUGGAUUAAGCGGGGACACAGCUGUGGACCUGACUGGAGCCAGUGCUGUAGGCCAGGCCGCUGGCAGCAGCAGCAGUGUGGUUGCUAGUGGCAGUGCUGUAACAGCCAGGAGACCUCCGGAGUCCACGAUCAACCAGGCACAUCUGCAGCAGUUGGUGGAUAUGGGAUUCACACGAGAACAAGCAACAGUGGCUCUGACAAACACCAGCAGCUUGGAGCAGGCAACAGACUACAUCUUGACCAAUCCAUUUCCUCCAGCCUCCCAGAAUGCAAUGGCUGGAUCCAUGGAUCUGGAUUUGAACGAUGAAGAUCAAAUGAUGAGAGCUAUUGCCAUGUCUCUAGGAGAAAAUGAAGGAAUGCCAGUUGAUCAGCAGGGCAAAACUAAAGAAGAAAGGACUGAUGAGGAAGUGGAUGACAAACAAGAGAUAGAAAAACCUUUGGAUGCCGCAGUUCUGGAUGAUUUCACCCGCAGUAUAUUUCCAGGUUGCCUUAACUUGCUAGACCUACUGCCAGAGACUGUCUACCGUGUCUGUGAUCUUCUCAUUGUGGUCAUGAGUCGAAAUGGAGCUCAGUGGAAAGAAGAAACACUUGGAGCUUUGUGCAAAGAGAUUUGUGAGUUAUGCGAAGAGAUGACUUUCUAUGCUCAAGAGAUGAACAUCAGAGCCAUGGAAAGCUCAGCAAGUGCCAAGAAGUUUGCCACACGUCUUCAUUUACUGAGUCUGUUGGCAGAGGAGAUGAACCUAGUUUGUGCCUUAGCUAUGCAUCAAGAGAAGUUGCCGCUGCGCCUCGUGAACCUCCUUCAAGUUAGCAGAGAUGCCUUGUUGUGUCCUGGGCAGACAUCAGAACCCAAGCAAACACCAAGAUGGCUUACUCAUAUGCUGUUGCUACUUGAUUUAUGGGAGAAGAUCUCUGUGACUCUCAAAAGGAAGAUGCGAGCAAGAAUGGCAGUUGGUCCUAACAGAAUAUGGAAAUGGUUUGAUGACAGCAGUGGUCGGUGGUGCAAGUACAGUACCCACAACAAUGCAACAAUUGAUGAAGCUUACAGUAGAGGGGAGAGUUUUGUCAGGUUUCAAGCAGGCAGGAGAAAGUACUCUGUACAGUUUGGGACAAUGAUACAGCUGAAUGAGGAGACUGGCAACAGGCGACCUGUAAUGUUGGCUAUACCCACGGCAGAAGAAAAGCUGCCAGGAAAGAAAGAUUCCAAAGAAGCUAAUGAAGCAUUUGCAGAAGAGAUCAAGAAAGAGUUCUCAGUGCUGACCAGCAUGGAUAACUACCUGCCAGGACUGCCACAUGAAAGUAUUGAAACUAUUAUCAGCUGCCUUAGUGCUUUUCUCAGCAUUCCCCUAAACCCUGAUACAUUGCAUGCAGCCAUGCGGCUGAUUCUACGGCUGACAAGACAGCACCAGUAUGCGGUCAAGUUUGUGGAGGAAGGUGGUGCUCAGAGACUGCUCACACUGACUUUAGACUGCAGCUUCCAGGGCUUCUUGAACUUGUCAACAUUGAUUUUUAGACACAUCCUGGAAGAGCCUGUCUCACUUCGAUAUUGCAUGGAAAAAGUGAUGCGAAAUGUUUGUGCUGGAAUCGGCUCAUGUCAGUCUGGAGUCAGUCAGGGUGGUGUUGGAGCCAGGGAGAUGCAUUAUGUACUUCGUGUGUUGGGACCUGCAGCUUGCAGAGACCCAGAGCUGUUCUCCCAAGUAGCCAGAGAUACACUGCAGAUUGCUCUGCCUCCACCUUCUGUUAGAGAUGAAGAUGAAGCAAGGUACACUGGUCCGAAUGCUCCACAAAUUCUCAAGUGCACUCCUACAAAGCAGUUAGAGUUGCUGGUGAACCCUUCCAUCAAGACAUUCAUUUGGGAUCUCCUGAAUGCUCUUAUUGCUGAACAGGCCAGCAGGAGCAACAGAGACAACGCAUCGCAGACUAAAGGUGCACAGACUUUGGCUGAAGCUCUCCAAGAAGUGACGCCUGAAGCAACUAGUGGAGGACAACCAAGUGGUAGUGGACACUUUUCAUGGGUCAUUCAGUGUGGCACCGGAAGCAGCUCCCAGCCCCGAGGAGAAAGUGAUCAACUGUCUGUGGAGAAAGAAAUAGCGCCAAAUGUGACAGAUGACAGUGUUGCCUCAUCUUCACGACCUCUAAUCCCCAAGUCUGCUAUCCUGCGGCUGUUGUCUGAAAUUAUAAGAUCCUAUGGCAACUGUGUCCAGCUGAUCACACAGCAUUAUUACCAGCCUGGACAGACAGAACUUGUUCGAGAUGGCUGCUCAGUGCUGGCAUUUGUUCUAGAUAGCCUCUUGCCAAGUUCUCAGGAAGUUGGUGACAAGGACUGCCCAGCUCUGGCCCGGGUGUUUAUUGCCAGCAUUGCCUCCUGUAGCCACAGUCCAGAUGCACAGAUGACCCUUGUGACGGAAGUAAAGGCAGCCUUACAGCGAGCUCUGGCUCUUCCUGAGGGAUCAUCCAAACAUCAGCGAAUUCAAGCACUUGCCAGUAUUAUUGACACCAUGAUUGAGUCAUGUCCAACACCAGGACAGAUACCUAACCAAGUGUUUAAAGGGCAACAAGUCAUGAACAACAACAUGAUGAAGAUUUUGGUCAAGAAGGGAAUGCUGGUUGACCUGGCCAGAAUUCCCCACAGCUUGGAUCUCUCGUCGCCUUUCCUGGCCUCCACAGUCAAUGCAGCCCUGAAGCCCCUGGAAACAUUGUCACGGUCAGUGAAUUCCCCUGACAAGUUUGUCUCUAUGAAGAAGAGUGGAACUGACCACCACAGCACAGCACCGGAUCAAGGAGGCACAACUAUGCAGGUGGUCACUGAACCACCUGCAAGAAAUGAUGAUGGUCAGGAAGAGUCAGCUGUGCCAGCAUCUCUUAGCGAGAUGAAUGUAACUAUUGAAGAUGUCACACAUGACCCUGCGGCUCAGGCCAAUCUGGAGAUGUCCAGCGAGCAUCACAUAAUAGAACCCAGUGUUGAAAGCCAGGUGGAAGAACUGGACAAUGUGCUGACUCAGAUCCUUCAGACUGGCACAGGGGCGGAUCCAGAGGAACAGGUUGUGUCUGAGAUGACUAUUUCACAAGAGCCCACUGUUGGUGAUGAAGACAAUGAGAUACUGAUUGAUGUUGAGGUGGAAGGUGAUGAAGAUGACUAUGAAGCCCAUGACUCACAGAUGGUCACUCAGGUGCUCUCUGAUGAGGAUGAUGAGGCAGAUGACCACAGAG